AUGGUGGCUGAAGAGGAGGCGGAUGCACCAACAGAGAUGGGUGCAUCAUUCGAGUCUUCGGCGGAUCCCGUGUCUACUGGUGGGGUUUGUGUGGCAAAAAGCGGGCUGUCUCCUGAUUUCUCGAUGAUAACCGAUCCCUGGGACCGAGGAGUGCUGUUCUCGGUUAAAGUGGACGAAGUUUUACACGACAUCCGCAGCAAAUUUCAACGUGUACAGGUGCUCGAAACACCCGCGAUGGGUCGCAUGUUGGUGCUUGACAACGCACUUCAGUGCGCUGAAAGAGACGAGGCUGGUUACCAUGAGUAUAUUACACACACAGCUCUCUGCAGGAAAGGUGCCGCAGCAGGUUCUGGAAAACGAGCUCUCAUCAUAGGAGGAGGAGACGGCGGAGCAGCGCGAGAGAUCUUAAGACACGACGAUGUUGCCAACGUAGACCUUGUAGAUAUCGAUGCCGAGGUUAUGGCAGCAUCAAAGAAGUUUAUCCCUGGUAUCUGGAGACACCCAACUUCAUCCGAAGACAAGUAUGUACCGCUGGACAGCGAUUCACGACUAACUGUGCGCGCUGAGGACGGCUUAGCUUUCUUGUUGGAUGACAGCCGAGAGGGCUACGAUAUCAUUGUGGUGGAUGCAAGCGAUCCCGUCGGCCCGGGCGCAGCACUCUACAGCGACGAGUUCUACGCUUCAUUGCGACGCCGUCUCAAGCCGAAAGGGGCUGUAGCCGUGCAGGGCGGCUCCUUCUGGUACUUGCCACUUGUGUUCCGGACGGUUUUUCACGGUUUGAAGAAAGCCUUUCCUGAAGUGCGCGCGCUUCAGUGUUUCACAGCGAUUUAUCCCGGUGGCCUGUGGAAUAUUCAGCUCGCGACGUUGGGGGACGAUCCACAGGACGUUGACCUGGAGAAGGCUAACAAACUGUGCAACAGCCACAAGCUCGCAUUCUACAGCCCCCAAGGGCACCACGCGGCCUUCGCUUUACCUCCGGUUGCCUUGCAGGAGCUGGCAAAGCCUCGACCAAAAUUGAGCGAAACUCAGGCCGAUCUAGAAUCGAUCAUGGCUUACGGAGAGGAGAAUGAGGAUACGAAAGGGACGCCCGCACACAUAUGUGACAGCUGUUGGGAGCCAGAUGUUCGACGAUCACUGAGCCGGUUGGUGAGCGGUGCAACCGACAAAGAUGUUCCACUUGCCGCUUUCGACGCGGAUGGCACCCUUUGGGAUGGAGAUUCCGCUGAAAUAUUCCUGGAGUGGAUGGAUACGUCAAACCGGUGGAGUCAACAUGAAGAUUUCGUUGCAAGAUACUAUGCACUCCUGGCGAGCGGCGAUAAAAAGGGGGCGUAUGGGUUAGUCGCACAGCUGUUCGACGGCAUGCUUGUAUCCGAGAUAUCGAAGCUUUGCGAGGAAUGCUUUCAGGAAAACGUGGAAGACCUUGUGAUUUCUGAGAUGGCAGAAUUAGUGCAAGAUCUACGCGCCCGAGGAUGGCGUGUGAUUAUCGUCACGGCAAGCCCGACAUGGAUCGUAGAACCCGGGGCACGCCGUUUAGGGCUCGGACCUGAAGAUGUCUUGGGUAUAGAGGUUGAAGUAUCACAAGGGAAGGCGACCUCAGCCCUCCGACAUCCUCUCCCCGUCCAAGAGGGGAAAGUUGAAGCGCUGCAGAUGGCUUUCAACAGCACUCGCCCGACACUCGCUGUGGGAAACUCGCUGGACGACGGCGCAAUGCUAGGCUACGCGCGAGGAUUUGCGCUCGUGAGUAAUCCGAACAGUGCGGAACUGGAGUCGCUAGCGAGGGACAGCGGCUGGGGCAUUCAUCGUCUUGAAGUGGAGAGUGCGACGUUGGAAGUGGCGUGAACCACUUUGCUUAUGAGACACUCACUAGCUAGGGUGCCUGGCAUGCUACUUGAAGUAGCAACUUCACAAGCUACGAGUUCCAGUAGGUAUACAUGUAGUAUUCGUGAGCCCCGAUCGUGGACCGCCCCCGCCCACAUGGCGCUUGUAUCGAAUUCUGUAACGGUGUGGGCCCUGCUCGGUGUGGGCCCUGCUCGGUGGAAACGACAACGGGGAUUUUGACUGCAUUGCUGAGAGGGAUCCUAAGCAAAGACGAUGCGGCCGGGUAGGUAUAACUGCGACCGCAGCCACCUCGGUAUAUCGGCAGGCAGGCCUUGCUCAUUUCCACCUCUGUUGGAAUAUAAAUGGACAACCGUUGGGAACACGGUGCGAAUAGAAUGAUGGGGCCAAUAUAGCAGAAAUUGAGUAUUCUUGGGGUCGGCAACAUAUGUACGGUGAAGCUUGGUGAAUUUUUGGGGCGGCUUGGGCUGGUUUGUGUCUGACACUUCAAUUGUUGGUGUUAAGGGUUUACCUUAUUGUAUAGAUGGAGACAGGGGAGUAGU